UCCGACGCAGCGAAGUUUCGUUCAUCAUCCCUGCUUUUGUCGUGUCCUCCCUCCUCCUCAGCUCACCCACGGGACGACGUAAAGAGGAACGCAAACCCGCUUCGCCUCGAGCCGAGCGUCGGGAAAAGCUUUUGCCAUUCUUAACCUCGACGUAGCCGAGCUGCUUUACGGAGCAGGUCAAAAAGCAAAAGCAGAUAGAUGGUAAAGAAAGAAGCCUCGAGGCCACAAUUGCACGCCAUGUUGCCAUCAGGGAAUCAUCCCUAUCUAUCUUAUUAGCACUGUACUCCAUCUCCGAUUAGUCUCGUGGCGAGACAGCACAACCCAUCUGCUACCACGCCACCCCGCCUCUACGCCUAUAAAGUCCCAACAACACCCUGAUUCCUCCACUCAACGAGUCUGUCGUGCCCUUUACCACAAGCAAACAGGAAGAUGGAAGGGAAAGAGGAAGAUGUGAGGUUGGGAGCAAACAAGUUCUCGGAGAGGCAGCCGAUAGGAACGGCAGCGCAGAGCGACAAGGACUACAAGGAACCGCCACCGGCUCCCUUGUUCGAGCCCGGGGAGCUCACCUCUUGGUCCUUCUACAGGGCUGGGAUAGCGGAGUUCAUGGCUACCUUCCUCUUCCUCUACAUCACCAUCCUCACGGUCAUGGGCGUGGUCAAGUCCAACAGCAAGUGCUCCACGGUGGGCAUCCAAGGGAUUGCCUGGGCCUUCGGUGGCAUGAUCUUUGCCUUGGUCUACUGUACCGCCGGGAUCUCUGGUGGCCACAUCAACCCCGCGGUGACCUUCGGGCUGUUCCUGGCGAGGAAGCUGUCGCUGACCAGGGCUCUGUUCUACAUGGUGAUGCAGUGCCUGGGCGCCAUCUGCGGUGCCGGUGUGGUCAAGGGGUACCAGAAGGGGCUCUAUGAGAGCAACGGUGGCGGAGCUAACGUCGUGGCUCCUGGCUACACCAAGGGUGAUGGCCUGGGUGCUGAGAUCGUCGGCACCUUCAUCCUCGUCUACACUGUUUUCUCUGCUACUGACGCCAAAAGAAACGCCAGGGACUCUCAUGUUCCCAUUUUGGCUCCCCUCCCCAUUGGGUUUGCCGUGUUCCUUGUCCACCUGGCUACCAUCCCCAUCACCGGCACCGGCAUCAACCCUGCCAGAAGCCUUGGCGCUGCCAUCAUCUACAACAAGAAGCAUGCCUGGGAUGAUCAUUGGAUCUUUUGGGUUGGACCCUUCAUUGGAGCUGCUCUUGCUGCCAUCUACCACCAGAUAGUCAUCAGGGCGAUCCCAUUCAAGAGCAGGCCCUGAGAGAGCCUUCCAUCUCCUCUCAUAAUCACCUGUCUCAUGAUUCUGUGUGCCUUUCUUUCAUCAUGGCUUGUUUCUGGCUUGGAGUGUGUUCCAGAACUGUGAUUUGCACAGCACUGUGGUCGUCGAUCAAGAGUGUAAAUUAAGUACUGAUGCAUGUCGUUGUGUCUCUCAAUCUAAGUAUGUGGUGUUUGCCAGCUUCCGAAGCA